AGGCUUCGAAGAUGGCGGCGCGCAAGGGUCGGCGGCGCACGUGUGAAACAGAGGAGCCCAUGGAGGCCGAAUCCCGGGAUGCAGGGUCGGAGGGCCCGGCCCAGGUCUACCUGCCCGGCCGGGGACCGCCGCUGCGCGAAGGAGAGGAGCUGGUCAUGGACGAGGAGGCCUACGUGUUGUACCACCGAGCUCAGACUGGCGCCCCCUGUCUCAGCUUUGACAUAGUCCGGGAUCACCUGGGAGACAAUCGCACAGAGCUCCCUCUUACACUUUACCUGUGUGCUGGGACCCAGGCGGAGAGCGCCCAGAGCAACAGAUUAAUGAUGCUUCGGAUGCACAAUCUGCACGGGACCAAGCCCCCACCAUCAGAGGGCAGCGAGGAAGAGGAGGAGGAGGAGGAGGAAGAAGAGGAGAGGAAGCCUCAGCUGGAGCUGGCUAUGGUGCCCCACUAUGGUGGCAUCAACCGAGUUCGGGUGUCUUGGCUAGGCGAGGAGCCGGUGGCUGGGGUAUGGUCAGAGAAGGGCCAGGUGGAGGUUUUUGCUCUGCGGCGGCUUCUGCAGGUGGUCGAUGACCCCCAGGCCCUGGCAGCCUUCCUCCGGGACGAGCAGGCUCGCGUGAAGCCUAUCUUCGCCUUCACUGGCCAUAUGGGGGAGGGCUUUGCACUGGACUGGUCUCCCCGUGUGCCCGGGCGCCUGCUGACUGGCGACUGUCAGAAGAACAUCCACCUCUGGACGCCCACGGAUGGCGGCUCCUGGCACGUAGAUCAGCGGCCAUUUGUGGGCCACACUCGCUCCGUGGAGGACCUGCAGUGGUCCCCGACCGAGGACACGGUAUUCUCCUCCUGUUCCGCCGAUGCCUCCAUUCGCAUCUGGGACAUCCGGGCCGCCCCCAGCAAGGCCUGCAUGCUCACCACUGCCACCGCCCAUGAUGGAGAUGUCAAUGUCAUCAACUGGAGCCGCCGGGAGCCCUUCUUGCUCAGUGGUGGGGAUGACGGGGCCCUCAAGGUCUGGGACCUGCGGCAGUUCAAGUCUGGCUCCCCAGUGGCCACCUUCAAGCAGCACGUGGCCCCUGUGACCUCCGUCGAGUGGCACCCCCAGGACAGUGGGGUCUUCGCAGCCUCGGGUGCAGACAACCAGAUCACACAGUGGGACCUGGCUGUGGAGCGGGACCCCGAGGCGGGUGACACGGAGGCCGACCCCGGGCUGGCGGACCUCCCCCAGCAGCUGUUGUUUGUGCACCAGGGUGAGACAGACCUGAAGGAGCUGCACUGGCACCCACAGUGCCCCGGGGUCCUGGUCAGCACCGCCCUGUCGGGCUUCACUGUCUUCCGCACCAUCAGUGUCUGAGGAGGGCCUGGCAGCACCUGCUCUGGCCGCGCACUUGGGAACUGAAGUUGAAGUUGGUUUCCCUGGAGGGACCAUUCAGAUCUGUCAGUCCAUCCCCCCCUCUAAAGAAGGACUUGGUUUGGCCCGUGAUGGAUUCUGUUUGUCUUACUGUUCUUUGAAAGGGCUUGGUUUGGUCCGAUGACCCUUCUCACCAAAGGACCUGGUUUGACCCCUUUCCUCUAAAACCACUGGGUUUGAUUCCAGUGACCCCAUCCACCUGAAGACUUGGUUCAGCCCAGUGAUUCCCCACCCUUCAGAGGGUGCUUGGCCCCUUUCACAGGUGGGCCUGGUGUGGCCAAGUUACUGGGGAUAGUUUGUCAGCUGUGGCACUUGGCUGGACCCUUUGGCCCCAGGGAACUCAAGUGCUUUACAGUGACUGGACAUGUUUGAGGGAGGGUUCCCCCAGCAGGAUUAGGUUUUGCCCCUUGUCUUCCUGUCAGCUGGGCUUGGCCAGGACUCCCCACUGAGGGGCUGCCUGGGCCUUCUCUCCUGAAGGCAGGCACUAUGGAGCGAGGAAACUCAGGGCUCCUGAGAGGCAAUAAAGAUCCAGAAUAGGCCUGA